AACCUAAUUAUCUUUUUGAAUAUUUAUCUUUAUCUAAUGAUGUUAAAUGGAUGCAAAAGUCCUUUUAUUUCCCCACUAAGACUUGCCUUAAAAGCUCAUUUAUUUGCAUUCCAACAAUUUAGAAAAUAACUUUAGAUUUUCUUUGAAAGACAAGUAUACCCUGCACAUCUGUAGAUCCAUAUUGAUGAAUACUUUGUUAGAAAUAAUUUCAGGGUGGCUGUAGAUAUCACUUUAUUAAUAGACAGUUUGUCAGUUAAUACUUAUAUAGCAAUCAAAAGAAAAUAUUGUUCAUUAAUAAGAAAUGGACAGUUAAUUAUUUAUACAUCAUUUUGGAAUUUUGAUUUGUUAAUAUGAUUUGGGAACUAAUCUUGAUUUAUUGGUAAUACACUUAGUUUAUUGAAUUACUAAUAGUAUAUUUUAGAAAUUACUAUUGAUUUCGUUAAUAAGAAAGAGCCUGACAGAUGAUGUUCAUUUUUAAUGCUAUAUAGUUCAGCAGUGAAUUUUCUCUAAGAAUUAUUUUUUAUAAUACUUGUGUGCAAAAAUGAGAAGGGUGGUUCUGAAUUUAGCUGAAGUUAGACUUAAUGUUUAUUUGAGUUUAUUUUCCAAGUCAAUAUCUUUGUGUUUGUCUUUCUGUGGUGGCGUAAAAUCAGAGCGAGAGACCAGUGAACUGAGCUGAUUUUAAAGAGUCAGGGUUUAUUUUCAAUUAUUUUGGCAGUCCGUAGGGAUUUCAGACUCGUUUCCCUGAGGAAAAGGAGGCAGCUAGAGCUGUUGACUUGGAUGAAAUUAGAAAUGCAGGUUUUACUUUAAUUUAGGGAGUAAUUUGCUUUUUCUUGAGGGGGGAAAAAGGCAGAUUAUUGGGAAUUUAAAUGAAAUGAACGUGCCUGCCUAUGUUUUACAUGCUUUUCCUCCCUCUCAUUGACCUGUUUUAGCACCGUGUAAAGCUUAGAGAAUCUAUCCCUUAACUUAAUUACAAAUUCACUCCUGGAGUGAUUCAUAGAUUAGCCGGAUAUCCUAAAUACUAAGUAACCUUAUUAAUCGAAAAUUUCUUAGCCACCGGGUACAAUGGAAAUACGUAAUUAAUUAGAAAGAUUUCCUAUUUAACUAAUAGAUUUUUUUAAAUUCACAAUUUAAGUGAAUAAUUGACUAAAUAGAAGGUUACUGAUAGAUAGAGGUCGGAAUGGUUCCCCAGUAAGGCUCCCUUCUGUUGGGCCUCUAUUAGCACCGGGCUCGGUGAGCAGGGUCCCGGUCCCCGGUGGCACCGGAUCCCCCCUAGCUGGGUCUGUAACAGCACCAGGCUGGGUGAGCAGGGUCCAGGUCCCCGGUGGUACCGGAUCCCCCCAGCUGGGUCUGUAUCAGCACCGGGCUGGGCAGGGUCCCGGUCCCCGGCAGUACCAGAUCCCCCCUAGCUGGGUCUGUAUCAGCACCGGGCUGGGUGAGCAGGGUCCCGGUCCCCGGCAGUACCGGAUCCCCCCUAGCUGGGCCUGUAUCAGCACCGGGCUGGGUGAGCAGAGUCCCGGUCCUCGGUGGUACCGGAUCCCCCCUAGCUGGGUCUGUAAGGGCACCAGGUUGGGUGAGCAGGGUCCCGGUCCCCGGUGGUACCGGAUCCCCCCUAGCUGGGUCUGUAAGGGCACCAGGCUGGGUGAGCAGGGUCCCGGUCCCCAGUGGUACUGGAUCCCCCCUAGCUGGGUCUGUAUCAGCACCGGGCUGGAUGAGCAGGGUCCCGGUCCCCGGUGGUACCAGACCCCCCCCAGCUGGGUCUGUAUCAGCACCGGGCUGGGUGAGCAGGGUCCCAGUCCCCGGUGGUACCGGAUCCCCCCUACCUAGGUCUGUAAGAGCACCAGGCUGGGUGAGCAGGGUCCCGGUCCUCGGUGGUACCGGAUCCCCCCUAGCUGGGUCUGUAUCAGCACCGGGCUGGGUAAGCAGGGUCCCAGUCCCCGGUGGUACCGGAUCGCCCCUAGCUGGGUCUGUAACAGCACCGGGCUGGGUGAGCAGGGUCCCGGUCCCCGGUGGUACCGGAUCCCCCCUAGCUGGGUCUGUAACAGCACCGGGCUGGGUGAGCAGGGUCCCGGUCCCCGGUGGUACCGGAUCCCCCCUAGCUGGGUCUGUAUGAGCACCGGGCUGGGUGAGCAGGGUCCUGGUCCCCAGUGGUACCGGAUCCCCUCUAGCUGGGUCUGUAACAGCACCAGGCUGGGUGAGCAGGGUCCUGGUCCCCGGUGGUACCGGAUCCCCCCUAGCUGGGUCUGUAACAGCACCAGGCUGGGUGAGCAGGGUCCUGGUCACUGGUGGUACCGGAUCCCCUCUAGCUGGGUCUGUAACAGCACCAGGCUGGGUGAGCAGGGUCCUGGUCACUGGUGGUACCGGAUCCCCCCUAGCUGGGUCUGUAUGAGCACCGGGCUGGGUGAGCAGGGUCCCGGUCCCCGGUGGUACCGGAUCCCCUCUAGCUGGGUCUGUAACAGCACCAGGCUGGGUGAGCAGGGUCUCGGUCCCCGGUGGUACCGGAUCCCCCCUAGCUGGGUCUGUAACAGCACCGGGCUGGGUGAGAAGGGUCCCGGUCCCCGGUGGUACCGGAUCCCCCCUAGCUGGGUCUGUAUCAGCACCGGGCUGGGCAGGGUCCCGGUCCCCGGCGGUACCGGAUCCCACCUAGCUGGGUCUCUAUCAGCACCGGGCUGGGUGAGCAGGGUCCCGGUCCCCGGCAGUACCGGAUCCCCCCUAGCUGGGCCUGUAUCAGCACCAGGCUGGGUGAGCAGGGUCCUGGUCCCCAGUGGUACCGGAUCCCCCCUAGCUGGGUCUGUAACAGCACCGGGCUGGGUGAGCAGGGUCCCGGUCCCCGGUGGCACCGGAUCCCCCCUAGCUGGGUCUGUAACAGCACCAGGCUGGGUGAGCAGGGUCCAGGUCCCCAGUGGUACCAGAUCCCUCCUAGCUGGGUCUGUAACAGCACCGGGCUGGGUGAGCAGAGUCCCGGUCCUCGGUGGUACCGGAUCCCCCCUAGCUGGGUCUGUAAGGGCACCAGGCUGGGUGAGCAGGGUCCCGUUCCCCGGUGGUACCGGAUCCCCCCUAGCUGGGUAUGUAUCAGCACCGGGCUGGGUGAGCAGGGUCCCGGUCCCCGGUGGUACCGGAUCCCCCCUAGCUGGGUCUGUAUGAGCACCGGGCUGGGUGAGCAGGGUCCCGGUCCCCGGUGGUACCGGAUCCCCCCCAGCUGGGUCUGUAACAGCACCAGGCUGGGUGAGCAGGGUCCCGGUCCCCGGUGGUACCGGAUCCCCCCUAGCUGGGUCUGUAACAGCACCAGGCUGGGUGAGCAGGGUCCCGGUCCCCGGUGGUACCGGAUCCCCCCUAGCUGGGUCUGUAUGAGCACCGGGCUGGGUGAGCAGGGUCCUGGUCCCCGGUGGUACCGGAUCCCCCCUAGCUGGGUCUGUAACAGCACCAGGCUGGGUGAGCAGGGUCCCGGUCCCCGGUGGUACCGGAUCCCCCCUAGCUGGGUCUGUAUCAGCACCGGGCUGGGUGAGCAGGGUCCUGGUCCCCGGUGGUACCGGAUCCCCUCUAGCUGGGUCUGUAACAGCACCAGGCUGGGUGAGCAGGGUCCUGGUCCCCGGUGGUACCGGAUCCCCUCUAGCUGGGUCUGUAACAGCACCAGGCUGGGUGAGCAGGGUCCCGGUCCCCGGUGGUACCGGAUCCCCCCUAGCUGGGUCUGUAACAGCACCGGGCUGGGUGAGCAGGGUCCUGGUCACUGGUGGUACCGGAUCCCCCCUAGCUGGGUCUGUAUCAGCACCGGGCUGGGUGAGCAGGGUCCCGGUCCCCGGUGGUACCGGAUCCCCCCCAGCUGGGACUGUAACAGCACCGGGCUGGGUGAGCAGGGUCCCGGUCCCCGGUGGUACCGGAUCCCCCCCAGCUGGGACUGUAACAG